AUGAAGAAAUUAGUCAAACAAAGUGCGGCACGAAUAGUGCUUCGCAUCACCUUGCUUGUUCUGGUCAUUGUAGCUAAUUCUUCCGAACAUACAACGUCCGAAACCCCAUUGAUCCAGCCAUCUGAUUCAGAGGGUCUAUCUGAGACACCGCAAACUUUGGAAAGGAGUUCAGUCAAUAUCCUACCUACAUCAUCCGCAGUCGCCACCGAAACGAAUACCGAGGCUUCCUCCCAACCAUCAAAAACGAGUGAUGUGAUGCAUACGGGCGCAUCCAGUUCUGAUGGUUCUGAUCAGUUACAAACCAUUCAUGAAUUCGUAAGCGAGUUUACCAAUGUCACAAUUGUCCAACCAUCCACAGAAUCGGUCGCCCGGCUUGAUACAACCAUAUGGGUGUGGCGAUUCUCGUGGACAUGGGUGACUAUCCUUCAGUUAAUCAUUUCAUUGAUCGGUAUUCUAGGAAACCUCCUGGUUGUCGUUGUAAUGAGAGUUCGUAGGUCCACUACUAAUUCUACAGACAUUUUUGUAGGAGCUCUAGCCAUUUCAGACUUGUUGACAUCAUUAUUCAAUAUUCCUAUUCCAAGGGCACUCCAAGUGCCUGAUAACAUUUUGGGAGCGUGUUAUUGCCGACUGGUAAAUACUAGUUGCCUGAUAUGGAUCUGUGUCGUUUCUUCGAGCUAUAUCCUGGUAGGUGCCUCUUUUGAGCGCUUAGCAUCAGUUGUCUAUCCUCUACGCAUCAAGGACAUCUUCACAAACCGCAGGGUUUAUAUCUUUAUCAUAGUAGUAUGGUUGUUUUCAUUUGUAUCAUGUUCCUACUACUUACUGUCAUUCUUAUUUCAAGGUGAUCUUUUGUCCCGAAUCUAUUGUGUACCCACCGAUUCCGAUACUUCUUUAUUAAGAAUAAUUAAUUCGUUCAAUUUCGCCAUACGUCUGAUGGUUCCUACUGUUCUGAUGAUGGUUUCCCAGACAGCAAUGGCCAUCUUACUGCAUCUACAAUCUAUUCGAUUGCGGCAAGCCAUGUCUUGCGGUUCUAAGCAGUCCUAUCAUAUCCUGGCCAGGAAUCGUGUCAUCAAAAUCAUGUUGGUAGUGGUCAUCAUCUUUAUUCUAUCCUGGUCUCCAAGUCAGAUCGCGUUUGUGGUUGUCUCUUUCAGAGGAACGGCUAAAGCCUAUGUGAGCAGCAGCGUCCGCCAGAUUCUUAACUUGAUAACCUUUAUCAACUCGUCCAUCAACCCUUUUAUCUACGCAGCUCACUAUCCCAAAUUUCGUUCUGCUAUAAAAGAAAUCUGUUUGGGUAAAACACAGAAAAACGUACCGUUGUUUGGUAUGGAGACCAUCCGAACCCCCAAUCACGAGUUAAGCACAGAUGGUCAUGCCUAAUCGGUUAUGGG